UCGAGAGGUCUAACAAAUAAUACGCAGUUCUUCUGAAAGUUUUGCUCUCUUUUUAAGGUUCGAACUUCUCACUGUAUUCCGCUGAAGGACACAAAUUUGUAACAAAUACUCGAACAACUGAGGGAAUACAAAACACUCGAACUUAACCUAGACUUAAGAGUCUCGACCCAUUUCAAUCCGUGUAUAAAUUUGGUGAAUGAAACCCUAGAUUUAACAGAUGAUGGAUAGAAUGGAAAGGACAAGAUCUAAGCGUUAUUACUACGAUCAGGACUACGAUUCCGACAGCCUUCCAAGAACAAAGCAACGUUAUGGCGGUGGCGGCCACCAUUAUUCCCAAAUGGGUCAUCACCGCCGUUCGUCUGCUGUUGGAGCUGGCGUUCGUAAGGCUCAGGAAUCUUCUCUUAGCGUCACAACUACUUAUCGGAUCCUCUGCCACGACGCUAAGGCAGGAGGAGUGAUUGGGAAAUCCGGUAGUAUUAUUAAGGCUAUUAGGCAACAUACAGGGGCCUGGAUCAAUGUCCAUGAGUUGAUUCAAGGCGACGAGGAAAGAAUAAUUGAAAUAUCUGACUCAAGAAGGCGGGAUCCUGAUGGUCGAAUGCCAUCAUUUUCCCCUGCGCAGGAGGCAUUGUUGUUGAUUCAUGAAAGGAUUGUUGAGACUGAUUGUGAGGGAUUCAAUGCAGGCAUUGGAGGAGAUGAAGACGAUGCUUAUGGACCGAGAAGUGGAGGAAUUAGGGUGGCUACUAGGCUGGUGGUUUCGAGGACGCACGUGGGUUCUUUGUUGGGUAAGGGUGGGAAGAUAAUUGAACAAAUGAGAAUGGAAACUAAGACCCAAAUUAGGGUUCUCCCAAGAGAUCAUUCUCUGCCUCGUUGUGUAGCCAUGUCUGAGGAGAUUGUACAGGUAGUAGGUGACAUAAAUGCAGUGAAGAACGCAGUUGCAAUUGUUUCAUCUCGUCUGAGGGAAAGUCAACAUCGUGAUCGCAGUUAUUUCCAUCCACGGGGACACUCGCCAGAUCGAUUCUAUCCUUCAGAAGAUGAAUUUGUUCCUCACAUGAACAAUACACCACGUAGAGGUGCUUCAGAUGGGGCUGCUUUUGGAUCAAGGUUAUCUGGUUCUUUGGCAGGUGGAAGAAAUAAUAAUUAUACUCAACGCUCAUUUGGAGGAGGUGUUGAAUCUAUAGCUACUCCUGUAAAUGAUAGUGGGCCACCAUUUUAUGGUGAAGAUCUUGUAUUUCGUAUACUUUGCCCAAUUGAAAUGAUUAACCGUGUCGUUAGUGAACAAGAUGGGAUUCUUGAAUUACUCCAACAGGAGAUUGGUGUUGAUGUUGCAGUUGUUGAUUCAGUUGCAAGGUCGGAUGAACAAGUUAUUGUCAUUUCUUCAUAUGAGGGCCCUGAUGAUGAACUUUUUCCAGCCCAAGAAGCUCUGUUGCACAUCCAAAAUCAAAUAGUUGAACUUGUUCCAGGAAAAGAAAAUGUCAUUACAACACGAUUGCUUAUUCCGUCAGAGGACAUAGGAUGUUUGGAAGGAAAGAAUGGAUCAUUACUUGAAAUAAGGAGAUUAACUGGUGCAGACAUUCAAAUCUUGCCUAGAGAAAAGCUUCCUCCAUGUGUAUCUGCCACAGAUGAGCUCUUACAGAUCGUGGGGGAGAUAAAAGCUGCUCGGGAUGCUGUUGUUGAGGUGACAGCAAGACUUAGAGAUUACAUGUAUCAGGAACUAUUUCAAAAGGAUAUGCUUCCAUCAACUGGUUCCUCUUUCAGCAGCACAUCACAAUUUUCUUCAGGAAAAGAAGUAGCAUCUGCAACUAAUUCAAUGCCAAUUCAUGAGGAUUAUACCGCCAGUCGAAGCAGCGAAUCAUCUUCAAUAACAAAGCAGAAAGCACAAACUGUAACAACAGUUCAACCACCAAAGGACUUUGGAGGUUCUUCCAAUGAACCAGCUAGGCAGACUGAAAGUGAGAGUCGCGAAGAUAUGCCAAGCGGAUUGAAUAGACUUCCUGUACCAUUAGUAACUAGGAGUACACUGGAAGUUGUCAUACCACCAGAAGCUGUUCCAAAGCUGAUAACUAAAUCAAGAAACAAACUUGCUCAGAUCAGUGAGUUAUCUGGAGCCAAUGUUAAGCUUGUAGAUGAUAAUCCAGAGGUGACAGAGAAAGUGAUUCAAAUAUCAGGCACUCCAGAGCAGGCUGAGAGAGCACAAAGCUUGCUUCAAGGUUUCAUUUUAAGCACGCAAGAAGAUGCCCCUUGAAGAUGAUGAAGAAGGGUAGAGAAAGCUGGCUUCUUGAGUUGAAAUGCAUCAUUGUCAAAAUAUUGGCAUUGUAAAUGCAGCUCCCGUAGCUAGCUAGCUAGUUUGCUUUUGUUUGUUGUUUAUUAGCCUCUUUACAUAUGUCUGGAUGAAUUGAUGAAGUGUUUUGAGCUUAUUAGAAGUCCUGUUGAAAACUUUAGGCAUGGAAGCCAGCUCUUCAUGUGGAAGAGGCCAUUGGCCAGAUACUUUAAAUCCAACUAAUGAAGUUCACGAUCCUAGCUUAGAAAUAGACUUUGGUUGAAUUGUAAGUUACAUAUUUUCUCAUCUGAGUAGAUGUGUUAUUAUGUGA